AGCAAGGUUGCAAGGUCUCUCAUUUCAGUGGAAGCAUAAGGCCGAAUUGGAGCACUGGAAAGCAUGAAGUGCUAGACAAAGAGGCUUGAAACUAGAAAGUGAAUAGAAGACUGAGUGUAAAGGUCUGUUAAGUUCCAAAUUGUGAAAUUCAGCAAUGAUACACUGUGGAAAAAAACAUAUUUGUGCUAUUGUUGUAUGUAUUCUUAUUUUUGCAAGCAUUUUAAUCUGCUCCUGGAAAGAUCCUCAGCUACAGAAUAACAUAACUAGAAAAAUCUUCCACCAGGCAACAACUGCCAGUCCAACAGGUCAACUUUGUAGGGGAAAACCUGCUCAAAAUGGAAUAACACCACUAAAGGAUAACAGAACUUUUAUUAUAUCCCCAUACUUUGAUGACAGAGAAGGCAAAGUCACUCGUGUGAUUGGGAUUGUUCACCAUGAAGAUGUAAAACAACUGUACUGCAGGUUCUGCUGUCAGCCCGACGGAAAGAUAUAUCUAUCAAAAGCAAAAAUUGAUGUUCACUCAGAUAGGUUUGGAUUCCCUUACGGUGCAGCAGAUAUAGUUUGUUUGGAACCUGAAAACUGCGAUCCGACACAUGUAUCAAUUCAUCAGUCUCCACAUGGAAAUAUUGACCAGCUGCCAAGGUUUGAAAUUAAAAACCGCAAGGCUGAGGCCUUUUCUGUUGACUUUACUGUAUGCAUCUCUGCCAUGUUUGGAAAUUACAACAAUGUUUUGCAAUUUAUACAGAGUAUGGAAAUGUAUAAGAUUCUUGGGGUACAGAAAGUGGUGAUUUAUAAGAACAAUUGCAGCCAUCUGAUGGAAAAAGUCUUGAAGUUUUAUAUCGAAGAAGGAACUGUAGAGAUAAUUCCCUGGCCAAUAAACUCACACCUCAAGGUCUCUUCUAAAUGGCACUUUUCUAUGGAUUCAAAAGACAUUGGCUACUAUGGACAAAUCGCA